AUUGCGUUUAAUUGACUCCUUGACCAAAACAGGAAGUAAAUAUGGGUGGGGAUAGCUGACCUCUAAGCAGCUGGUGACCCGGCCUGCACCUAGGCAAAAGUGGAGAGGACUUUGGAUCUUUCUAAAGGCAUCACCCAACCAAACCCAGUGCUUCAUUCUCCCAAGGUGGGAAAACAAGUUGCCUACUGAAGAGAACUGGAAACAGGAGCAAGACAGACCUUAGCUGCUGGCCAGGCAAAGAAUUCAAUGACUUCAGUAAGCCCCAUGGACAAUCCUAUGUUUGUGGCACCGCCACACAAUACAUAUCCUGUGAUGCCAGGGGGCAUGGCUCAGGUGCCCUUGUAUCCAAGAAGCCAGGCCCAAGUCCAGCUGAUUCCUGUGAACCCACCUGGUUUGAUGCCAUCUGUGAUUGGGCAACCUGCGCAGAAAGGCUUGAAAGAGGGCAAAACCUUAGGGGCUAUCCAGAUCAUGAUCGGCCUGAUACACAUUGGCCUUGGCUCCAUCUUGCCGAUUCUCAUCUCAGGGUUCUAUAUGGCCGUCUCUUUCUUUGGAGGCUUUGUCUACUGGGGAGGCAUCUGGUUCAUCACUUCUGGAUCCCUCUCCGUGGCAGCAGAAAAGUAUCCAAGAAGUCUUUGCCUGCUGAAUGUCGGCUUGGGCUUCAACAUCACCAGUGCUGUCUUCUCUGUGAUUGGAAUCAUGCUCUUCAUCACAGAUUUAAGUAUCAACGUCGUCUGUGUCUCCAGUGCCUACUGUAUUCAUAGUUUCUGGAUUUAUAGCCCUGGAUUGGCACUUUCCAGCCUGCUGCUCAUCUUCUGUAUCCUGGAGUUCUGUGUUGUGUGUGCAUCUUGCCACUUUGCCUGCCAACUGGCCUGCUACCGACGGAAUGAAAUGGGCAUGGUCUUCCCAAAUGCCUACGUGGCAAACCCAGCAGUCAUCCCAGAACCAGCGAACACACCAAUGACUCAUUCCAACGAGGCCCAGGUCUCUACAUGAGCAAAGCCAAUGGUUCUAGAAGCAUCUUUCAGUGAGACCAAGAGAAGACCUCCCCUUCUGGGGCUUCUGAAACCCAGAUUCCUCCUUCCCUGACAACCUAAACAAAUGUUUCUUCCAACUGCAUGCAUCCUGGACUUCAUUCAGUUCAGCCUGGAAAAUCAUUUACUAGAACUGAAUGGGCCUUAGAAAAACAAUAAAAAUGUAAUAUGGGGCAUA